AUGCAUAAUUCCAACCCUUUUGAUACAACGGAAGUUGAUCAAACACGACAAGAAAUGGGUCAGGACAAUGAGCGGCAACAAAAAGACGAUAACCCAUUUAUUGAUUGUAUAGAGAAAGAAGUAAAUGAUCAAAAUCAAGUAGUAAUAAAUAAAUAUACACCUACUACACUUGGAAGAGCAAGAAGUCAAUCAGAAUCGGCAGUAAAUCGACAAAAAUAUUCUAAUCAACAAAAAUCCAAAGUUGACGAUAUAGAUUUGUUGGAUGGUGCAUCAAAUUUGUAUGCUGGAUUAUUUCAUCAUGAAAGUCCAUAUGAUUGUGUUAUAUUACAUCAAAAUAUUAACGCAUUUAGGAAGAGUGAAGAACUAAAUCGUUCUUCGCAAAGUUAUAAAAAUAAUAAUAGUAAACACACAACCUAUGAUGUAAAUCCGAAAUUUAGGGAUAGUUUUUUAGAAGGUUCAACAGCUUAUGUUUCACCUCAACCUCAACAGGAAGAAAAAAAAAAGAGACAAAGUUUGUUUAAAAGAAUUAGUUUAUUUGGUAAAAAGAAGAGUGAUUUAGCUUACUUUGAAAUUAUUGAUCAAAGUAAACCUGAACAAAAACAAGAGAUUUCUUCGAAACCUCCAAAGAAAUUUACGAGAGUUGAUAUGUUGAAAAAAUUUGAUUAA